AGUCUCGAUGUCGCCGCCGCUGCCGCUGUCCCUGCUCCUGCACCGCACGAGGAGGAAGGAAGGUGAGUGAGGAAGAAGAAACCGCAUGCAGAUGCAGGGGACGACGACGACUAGACGAAGACGAACGGGAUUCCGAAACUGACUCGUCGUCGUGGCGGAGCGGAAUCCACAGCCACAAUAGCGACGAACCGUCGGAUGCAAAGCAGCAGCCUCGCCUCGUCACGGCCUCCUCCGGAAUAAAAUACUCCUCUGUCCUCUCUCUCACACGCUCUCUGCUUCCGCACAAGCUCCUCCUCCUCCCCACAGGAGCCAGGACCAGAAAUUUCUGUCCUCUCUGGCUCUCUCUUUUUCUUUUCUUUUUUCCCUCUUUCGUUCGCGAAUCCGUCCGGCCGGUUCAGUUUCGACUCGCGCGGCCCAGGCGGCAGGCGCCCGUCCGAAACCACCAAAUUUCCUCCUCCUCGCCUCGCGGAGCUCAGCGAUUUUGGAGAAAACUAACUGGUUUACUAGGAGCCUAGAGUGUGCCAGAAUUUUUGCCACUGCUUGUCCUGACUUGCCAACCUACAAUGGGAUGGGGAAACACCAUUACCAGGCGCCUCAAGGUUUUCUCUAUGGCGCUGUUUAUCUACUUUGACUAUAAGGCUGUUCAAAAGAGAGUUCAAUGGGUUAGCACUGGUAAAAAGAGUUCUAUAUGGAAGAAAACACAUGAGCGAAAUGCUCGUCGUGUCCUCAAUCUGAUGAUAGAGUUAGAAGGUUUAUGGGUGAAAAUGGGCCAAUAUUUAUCCACAAGAGCAGAUGUACUUCCUGAACCCUACAUAAAUGUCCUCAAGCAGUUGCAGGAUUCACUUCCUCCACGCCCUUUUGAAGAGGUUCGUGGAACAAUAGAGAAAGAACUUGGAGAACCCAUGAGUGAUCUAUUUGCUGAUUUUGUCGAGGACCCUCUCGCAACCGCAUCAAUAGCGCAAGUUCAUCGUGCAACUCUGGCAGAUGGCAGAGAAGUAGUUGUCAAAAUUCAGCAUGAUGGUGUCAAGGAGAUCAUAUUAGAGGAUCUGAAGAAUGCAAAAUCAUUGGUUGAAUGGAUAGCGUGGGCAGAGCCUCAGUAUGAUUUUAAUCCAAUGAUUGAUGAAUGGUGCAAGGAGGCUCCAAAGGAACUUGAUUUCAACCAUGAAGCAGAGAAUACUAGGGCCGUCUCCAGGAAUCUUAGUCGCGAAACUGACUGUGGGAGUGGCAGUGUUUCCAGUGCUGUUGAUGUACUUAUUCCAGAAGUUAUUCAGUCAACUGAUAAGGUUCUAAUUUUGGAAUAUAUGGAUGGGAUUCGCUUAAAUGAUAAUGAUUCAUUGGAAGCAUAUGGUGUUGACAAGCAAAAACUGGUCGAAGAGAUAACACGUGCAUAUGCUCAUCAAAUAUACAUUGAUGGCUUCUUUAACGGCGACCCUCACCCUGGCAAUUUUCUUGUGAGCAAGGAACCUCCGCAUAAACCGAUUCUCCUUGACUUUGGACUCACUAAGCGCAUAUCUAAAUCUAUGACGCAGGCACUAGCAAAAAUGUUUUUGUCAUGCGCAGAGGGAGAUCAUGUGGCACUGCUGUCAGCAUUUUCAGAGAUGGGGCUUAAACUGCGGGUUGACAUGCCUCAGCAGGCUAUGGAUAUUGCCACAGUAUUCUUUCGCCAGUCAACCACAGCAAGUGAAGCAAAGGAGAACAUAAAGGCACUAAAUGACCAGAGAGAGAGGAAUAAAAAGGCUCUUCAAGAAAAGAUGAAAUUGAACAAGAAGGAGGUUCAGCGCUUUAAUCCUGUUGAUGCUUUCCCUGGGGAUGCCAUAAUAUUUAUGAGGGUCUUGAAUCUCCUCAGAGGUCUUUCAGCUUCACUAAAUGUUAGGAUAGUUUAUCUGGACAUCAUGAGGCCAUUUGCUGAAUCAACUUUGUUAGGGAGUUUGACACAUGGACAAAUACCUAACAGUCAGUGGAUUUUUGACUCACCUGCUAACUCUGAUGUGGAGUCUAAACUGAGAAAUUAUCUGCUUGACUUGGGAAGCGACAAAAUUUUAGGGAUACAAGUCUGCGCAUAUAAAGAUGGAAAGGUCAUAAUAGAUACUGCUGCUGGUAUGUUGGGGAAGUAUGAUCCGCGACCUGUUCAACCUGAUUCUCUCUUUCCUGUUUUCUCAGUGACUAAGGGUAUCACUGCUGGGAUGGUACAUUGGCUUGUGGAGAAAGGGAAGCUGAAGUAUGACGAAACAGUUGCCAACAUAUGGCCAAAUUUUGGAACUAACGGAAAGGAGUUAAUAAAGGUCCAUCAUCUUCUAAAUCACACAUCCGGUUUGCACAAUGCACUGGGUGAUGUGGUGAAGAAUGAUCCUUUGUUGGUAUGUGACUGGGAGGAGACACUAAACCAGAUUACGAAGUGUACACCUGAGACCGAACCUGGUUCCACACAAAUUUACCAUUACCUCUCCUUUGGUUGGCUGUGUGGAGGACUCAUAGAGCAUGCAUCUGGGAAGAAGUUUCAAGAGGUUCUAGAAGAGGCUAUUGUUCGUCCUCUUAACAUUGAGGGGGAGCUAUAUGUUGGCAUUCCACCAGGUGUUGAAUCUCGGCUGGCAGCGCUGACAGUUGACACUGAGGAGCUCCAGAAGCUGUCAGGAAUCAGGGCAGGUGCAGAUGUGCCACCAGCUUUGCUGAACAACAUCGCGCAGAUGGCGUCUGGCCUACCAGCUCUUUUCAACACGCUAAAUGUCCGGCGGGCCAUCAUCCCUGCCGCCAACGGCCACUGCUCUGCUCGUGCGCUUGCCCGAUACUACGCAGCGCUAGCGACCGGCGGUUCUGUUCCUCCGCCGCACUCUUCCGACUCCAAGCCGCCACUCGGCAGCCAUGUGCAUACCCCCAAGUUCCCAACCGCGCCACUCAAGAAGAAGAAGUGCACCGGAAAGAAGAAGGGCGGCAGUGGCUCCACAGGAAACUUUCAGGAUGUCAGCGGUGCUGACAAGAACGGGUACAGCCAGCUACGCACCAGCGACGCUGACAGCGAAGUGGCAGCAGCAGCUUUGGGAAGUGGAGGCAGCAGGAUGUUCAGCAGCGACAAGAUCCUUGACGCAUUCAUGGGCGUCGGCGAGUACGAGGGCAUGGUGCAACAGGACGGCAAGUUUGGGCUCGGGUUCAGGAGGUACUAUGACGCCAGCAGCGGCAAGCUGAGGUGCUUUGGGCACUCUGGGAUGGGCGGGUCGACCGGGUUCUGCGACGUGGAGAACAACUUCGCCAUCGCGGUGAUGGUGAACAAGCUGGCGCUGGGGAGUGUCACGCGUGGCGUCAUCCGGCUCGUCCUCGAAGAGCUGGGCCUGCCUGUGCCUGAUGAGUACUCGGCCACCGGCGAGAAGGGGCCUGACAUGCUGCUCAACCUGACGCCGCCCGAGCAACUGAGAUGACGAUGACGCAACUUGCCAGUUUGGUCUGAUGACUUUGUGUGAAACAACAAACAAGAUAUAGCAAAUAGGUGGGUGGGGUGGGGGUCACUACAGAAAUUUUCGUGGUAGAGUAUAUACUCUGGAGUAUUAGUAUACAUAUAGAUGCGUGCCACUUUGAUUUUGACGUGGCAUGUAAAAUUCUGAGGACUGUUUGCUUCAGCAAAUUCUACUGUGUAAUGUGUACGGUUAAAGAAAAUGGUAACCUGGUAUAGUGAAAUUACAGACUUUGUGGGGGAUAAAUCGGCACGCUCUACAAGCUGAGUACCGGGAAUGUUCCUUUCAGUGGCCAGUACAAGAAAUGCACAUGAUGUUUUUGAACGUGCA